AUGCCCGCACUAAACCCCGCCAGACUCCCGCUCGGCGAGCAACUCACUCUCCUCCGCACAGUCCUCGAAACCAACCAGACGCUCGUCAAAGUCCUCUCCCUCGCCACCACCCUCAACCUCCCCAACUGGUACCUCGCCGGCGGCGCCGUCUCCCAGACAAUCUGGAACCACGUCUCCUCGCUGCCGCCCACCACGGGCAUCGCAGACUACGACCUCGUCUACCACGACGCCUCGGACCUUUCCUACGCGGCCGAGGACGCCGUGAUCCGCCGCGGCAAGCAGAUCUUUGCCGAUAUUUCCGGCGAGGUGGAGAUUCGGAACCAGGCGAGGGUGCACCUGUGGUACGAGGCCAAGUUUGGGGCGCCGUGUCCGCGGCACGAGUCGACCGAGGCCGGGAUCGACACGUGGAUUUCGACGAGCGCGAUGAUUGGGGUCAGGGUGGAAGGGGAUGGGAAGUGGCGGGUGUAUGCGCCGCGGGGCUUGUCAGAGUACUUUGCCAUGGUUGUUCGGCCGAAUCCGACGAUUGGGGUGCGGGAUGCGUAUGAGGCGAAGGCGAGGCGGUGGUUGGCGAUUUGGAAGGAUUUGAAAGUGAUGCCGUGGACCGGGAGUGAGGUGCCUCUGAGGUUCGACGCGGUCGAGGAGGACCAGCAGAAAGGUGACUCAACGCAUUAA